CCCUUCCUUGGCACUUUCCUCACUGACAUGGUGAUGCUGGACACUGCAAUGAAGGACUAUCUGAAGGGAGAUGAGAUCAACCAUAAGAAAAAAACUAAGGAAUACAAAGUAAUGAAAGAGAUCAUGCUCCUCCAGGUGGCUGCAGAUAACUACACUCUAGAACCGAAGGAGGAGUUUAGAGCCUGCUUCCAGGCUGUGGAGCGACUCAGUGAGGAUGAGAGCUACAUCCUGUCCUGCCAGCUGGAGCCCCAAUCCUAGCUGACCAGUGAAACUCAAGAACAAGAAGAAUUGGCCACAAUCAAGCUCAGGACUGAGUGAAUGUCCAGUGAUAGUGCAACCUUUCCUCAGCAGCUUGGACACUUGCUGUGAUGAACCCCAUCUCCUUGACACUUCUUCCUCCCAUCUAUUUACCUACUUGGAGUGGCAAUAUUUAUCUUAAAUAGUAAAAGCUAGAUUUGAAUAUUAUUAUAUUAAAGCCUUCUUUUAUAGCCCA